AUGGAGCUUAGGGGUCUUUUUAAUGGCGUUCUUAUAAAACCAAACCAAGUUGGAACAGUGAGCGAAGCAAUAAAGGCUAUUCAAGUAGCCAGAAGUCUAAAUAUGAAAACAAUGGUAUCACAUAGAUCAGCCGAGACAGAAGACACCUUCAUCGCACAUCUAGCAGUUGGAAUGGGCAGUGAUUAUGUGAAGGCAGGCGCUCCAUGCAGAGGCGAAAGAAUUAGCAAAUACAACGAAUUUCUAAGGAUUGAGGAAGAAAUUAACCGGAGCAGUAUCCAAAACAACCACUAA